GUUCGACUCGACUCUCCAACGCGACGGUACGCGAUUCGAAACGCUCGUGCUCGUCGCCUUCCGAUCGCCGCUUGAAUUUCAAAUCUGAACUGUUAAAACCGAGGCAAACAAACACAACACCCAGCUGAAAAUACUUCAAGUGUUACAAACUUUUCGGAAUAGCUUAGCGUGGGUAUAAAUUGCAAGUUCUAAAUUCGAACCAAACAAAAUCCACGGAGGAGAUCGAUUCCAAGUGGAUUGCGCCGUCAUCAAUGUGUUCGUGUGCGUUCCCGGAAACAUAAUCCCCAUUUGCUAGUAACUCACGCACGUAGAGAUCUGCAGCCGUCUUAAGUGCGCAAAAUGUUGGAGGACACCCAACUGGUGUGGGUGCGAGAUGCCGCCGAGGGCUAUAUACAGGGCCGGAUCACCGAGAUCGGCGCCAAGGAGUUCGAGGUUACGCCCACCGAUCGCAAGUAUCCGAAGCGCACGUGUCACUUCGAUGAUAUCCACUCCUCGUGCGAUGGACCGCAGGAUCAUGAUGACAACUGCGAACUCAUGCUGCUCAACGAGGCCACAUUUCUGGACAAUUUGAAAACGCGUUACUAUAAAGACAAGAUCUACACAUAUGUGGCCAACAUACUAAUCGCCGUGAAUCCGUAUCGUGAGAUCAAGGAGCUCUACGCACCCGAUACCAUCAAGAAGUACAAUGGUCGUUCCCUGGGUGAACUGCCUCCUCAUGUCUUUGCUAUUGCGGAUAAAGCCAUACGCGAUAUGCGGGUAUACAAGUUGUCCCAGUCGAUCAUCGUGUCUGGAGAGUCGGGCGCCGGCAAGACGGAGUCCACCAAAUACCUGCUCAAAUACCUGUGCUAUUCGCACGACAGUGCCGGUCCCAUAGAGACCAAGAUAUUGGACGCCAAUCCCGUGCUGGAGGCCUUUGGCAAUGCCAAGACAACUAGAAACAACAACUCCUCGCGAUUUGGAAAGUUCAUUGAGGUGCACUACGAUGCCAAGUGCCAGGUGGUCGGUGGAUAUAUAUCGCACUACUUGCUGGAGAAGAGUCGCAUCUGCACGCAGAGCGCCGAGGAGCGAAACUAUCAUGUUUUCUACAUGCUCCUCGCCGGAGCUCCGCAGCAGCUGCGUGAUAAGUUGAGCUUGGGCAAGCCAGAUGAUUACAGGUAUCUCUCUGGCUGCACACAGUACUUUGCCAACGCCAAGACGGAACAGAUAAUACCGGGCUCACAGAAGUCGAAGAAUCACCAGCAGAAGGGUCCGCUGAAGGAUCCGAUUAUCGAUGAUUACCAGCACUUCCACAACCUCGACAAGGCCUUGGGUCGUCUGGGACUCUCGGAUACGGAGAAGUUGGGCAUCUAUUCUCUGGUGGCAGCUGUGCUCCACCUGGGCAACAUUGCUUUCGAGGAGAUACCCGAUGAUGUGCGCGGUGGCUGCCAGGUGUCGGAGGCUUCGGAGCAGUCGCUGACUAUCACCAGUGGCCUGCUGGGUGUGGAUCAAACGGAGCUGCGCACUGCCCUGGUGUCCCGAGUGAUGCAGAGCAAGGGAGGCGGCUUCAAGGGCACGGUUAUCAUGGUUCCUCUAAAGAUCUACGAGGCAAGCAAUGCUCGGGAUGCCUUGGCCAAGGCCAUCUACAGUCGACUAUUCGAUCGCAUUGUGGGUCUGAUCAAUCAGAGCAUUCCCUUCCAGGCUUCAAACUUUUACAUCGGCGUGCUCGAUAUUGCUGGAUUUGAGUACUUCACGGUGAACUCCUUCGAGCAGUUCUGCAUCAACUACUGCAAUGAGAAGCUGCAGAAGUUCUUCAACGAUAAUAUACUGAAAAACGAGCAGGAGCUGUACAAACGCGAAGGCCUCAAUGUGCCCGAGAUCACUUUCACAGAUAACCAGGACAUUAUCGAGCUGAUCGAGGCCAAGUCGAAUGGCAUCUUUACGCUGCUCGACGAGGAGUCCAAGCUGCCGAAGCCCUCGUACUCGCACUUCACCGCCGAGGUGCACAAGUCCUGGGCGAAUCACUAUCGCCUGGGUCUGCCGAGAUCCUCGCGACUGAAGGCCCACCGCACCCUGCGCGAUGAGGAGGGCUUCCUGGUGCGUCACUUUGCCGGAGCUGUGUGCUACAACACGGAGCAGUUCAUUGAGAAGAACAACGACGCCCUUCAUGCUUCGCUGGAGGGUUUGGUCCAGGAGUGCGAUAAUCCUCUGCUGCAGACCCUCUUCCCCUCGGGAAGUAGUACUUCGGUUCGUGGAAAGCUGAACUUUAUAUCCGUGGGAUCCAAGUUCAAGACUCAGCUGGGCGAACUAAUGGAGAAACUGGAACAAAACGGAACCAACUUCAUACGCUGCAUCAAGCCCAACAGCAAGAUGAUCGACCGACAGUUUGAGGGCAGCCUGGCGCUGGCCCAACUGAAGUGUUCGGGCACAAUUUCGGUGUUGGAACUCAUGGAGCACGGUUAUCCAUCGCGUGUUCUCUUUGCCGAUCUCUACAGCAUGUACAAAUCGGUGCUGCCGCCGGAACUCGUUUCACUGCCGGCUCGCACCUUCUGCGAAGCCAUGUUCCAGUCCCUCAAUCUGAGCGCCAAGGACUUCAAGUUCGGCAUCACCAAGGUCUUCUUCCGGCCUGGUAAAUUCGUGGAGUUCGACCGCAUCAUGCGUUCUGAUCCGGAGAAUAUGCUGGCCAUAGUGGCCAAGGUCAAGAAAUGGCUGAUUCGAUCGCGUUGGGUCAAGUCCGCUCUGGGAGCCCUCUGCGUGAUCAAGCUGCGCAAUCGAAUCAUCUACCGCAACAAGUGUGUUCUAAUAGCUCAGCGUAUUGCACGUGGUUUCCUGGCCCGGAAGCAGCAUCGUCCACGCUACCAGGGUAUUGGCAAGAUCAACAAGAUCCGGACUAACACCCUCAAGACAAUCGAAAUAGCAAGUGGAUUGAAGAUGGGUCGUGAAGAGAUUAUUAGUGGGGUAAACGAUAUGUACAGGCAGAUCGAUGAUGCCAUCAAGAAAAUCAAGAUGAAUCCACGCAUUACUCAACGGGAAAUGGACUCGAUGUACACCGUGGUCAUGGCCAACAUGAACAAGCUAACAGUUGAUCUGAACACCAAGCUUAAGGAGCAGCAACAGGCCGAGGAGCAGGAGCGUCUGCGCAAGAUCCAAGAGGCCCUGGAGGCCGAACGGGCCGCCAAGGAGGCGGAGGAGCAGCGCCAGCGCGAGGAAAUUGAAAACAAGCGACUCAAAGCGGAGAUGGAAACUCGACGAAAGGCAGCGGAAGCGCAGCGCCUACGUCAAGAGGAGGAGGAUAGGCGUGCCGCCUUGGCGCUGCAGGAGCAGCUGGAGAAGGAGGCCAAGGAUGAUGCCAAGUACCGGCAGCAGCUCGAACAGGAACGUCGCGAUCACGAGUUGGCCCUGCGUUUGGCCAACGAAUCCAAUGGCCAGGUGGAGGAUAGUCCACCAGUUAUACGCAAUGGUGUCAAUGACGCGUCUCCCAUGGGUUCCAACAAAUUGAUCAGUUUUUCACAAGUUGUGUCAAACAUUGCUUCGCGGUACUUGAAUAAAUCGGAAAAUGUUCGGGCCCAACAACAGGCCCUGGGCAAGCAGAAGUACGACUUGUCCAAGUGGAAGUACUCGGAGCUGCGUGAUGCUAUCAACACGUCCUGUGAUAUUGAGCUGCUGGAGGCCUGUCGUCAGGAGUUCCAUCGCCGCUUGAAGGUGUACCACGCCUGGAAGGCAAAGAACCGCAAGCGCACCACCAUGGAUGAAAACGAACGUGCGCCACGCAGCGUUAUGGAAGCUGCCUUCAAGCAGCCGCCUUUGGUUCAGCCAAUCCAGGAGAUUGUGACCGCCCAGCAUCGUUACUUCCGGAUCCCCUUCAUGCGAGCCAAUGCGCCGGACAACACCAAGCGCGGCCUGUGGUAUGCCCACUUUGAUGGCCAGUGGAUCGCUCGCCAAAUGGAACUGCAUGCGGACAAGCCGCCAAUUCUACUGGUGGCCGGAACGGACGACAUGCAGAUGUGCGAACUGAGCCUGGAGGAGACGGGUCUGACGCGUAAGCGUGGCGCCGAGAUCCUGGAGCACGAGUUCAACCGCGAAUGGGAGCGCAACGGGGGAAAGGCCUAUAAGAAUUUGGGUGCCGCCAAGCCGAAUGGGCCGGCUGCUGCUAUGCAGAAACAACAGUAGACCCCAAAUACGACAAACCGGCACUGCAUUGAUCAAAUACGUUGCCGUUUCGAUGGUCAAAAUUGGUAACUAACGAAACUCGAAAAUAAGUUUUUGUCAGUCAAAUUUUACGGAAAGCGACCACGUCCAUAAACAUUUUUAGUAAAUAUAACUCUAUUUGAUUAGAAA